UGGACUUUAUUCUAAGAGGGAUAGGGUACCUUCAAAGGGUUUUAAGCUGCUGGUAAUAUCUGAUUGCAGGAUGAACUAAUUGUAUAGGGAACAACAUGGAUACAGGAAGGUCAGAUAGGAGGCUGAUGCAGUGAUUUAGGUAAGAAAUGAUAGCUUGGACCACCAAACUGGGAAUCAGGGAGAUGGCUGGGACUGACCCCAAGACCGUGCAGGAUCUCACCUUGGUGGUGCAGACACCCCUGCAACAAAUGCAAGACAGAUUUCGGACCAUGUCCAGCCAGAUCAUUGGAAGAACUGAUGAUAUGAGUAGUCACAUUGAUGACCUGGAGAAAAACAUUGCAGACCAUAUGACCCAGGCUGGGGUGGAAGAACUGGAAGCGGAAAACAAGGUACCUGCUUCACAGAAGAGCCGAAGGCUGCUAAUUUACACUGAAAUCUGGAACAUCAUUUUUACAAAGCCCGGAGAAGACCAAAUGGCUCUUUGCAACUAAUUACUAUAUGUAGACAGGUCUGAUACUGUAAAGUGUUCAUUCUUCUUAUCACAUACUAUAUAGUUAGUUGAUAGAGUGACUCCCCCGCCCCCUGUUUCUCGAACUUGAUAACUUCACAUCUUGGAUCUUGGUCGGUUGUGCUAUUAAAUAUUAAACACUAAACUUUGGUGGUUCCUACAUAAAAUUGUCGAAUUAAAAAAA